AUGGUGCCAAACGGGACAGCCUUGUUAGCUAAAACCACAGUGGCCACAGUUAAUAGCACAUUAAAUUCAACUUUCCUAGUCCCUACAUACAUGAGCCAAGAGGAGUUUUUAGCAUUGCAAAUGACUAACGGCUCAGAUAGCAAUAGCACUUUCAAUGAUACGUUUUUUAACCAAGUGGUUUUAAAGACGUGGUAUCCCAGUGGUUAUUCGCCAGCCCAUAUCAUAAUAGCUUCAGUGGUGGUGACUGUGUUAAUGAUAAUGGUGGUAGUUGGAAACAUGUUGGUGAUUAUAGCAAUCGCGACUGAGAAGGCAUUGAAGAAUAUACAGAACUGGUUUAUAGCUUCACUCGCUGUAUCGGACUUUUUUCUCGGUUUGGUGAUAAUGCCGUUCUCUCUCGCUAACGAGCUGAUGGGAUAUUGGAUUUUCGGUUUCUGGUGGUGUGAAAUACAUUCAGCUUUAGACGUGUUAUUGUGCACAGCGUCGAUAAUGAAUUUGUGCCUCAUAUCCUUGGAUCGAUACUGGAGCAUAACACAGCUCUAA